CGCGCUGUUAACGGGAUCCUUCAGUGGUCUCCGGAGUGAUUUAUAUGGUAUUUAAUGUGCUAGCACGUAGCUGCUAGCUGUGGCUACACUGUUAGCUGUAGCCACACGCAGAGAGGGGGCUUGAGAAGAAAUAACUCCGAGCGGCUGCCCUGCCCAAAGAGCCUGGUUGGCGCCAAACAAACACACACAGGCCCAGAGCGGGCUACACUGCAGGCUGUGGAGAAAUCAAACAUGGGCGCCACCACCAUACAAAGAUGUCACUUCCUAGAGGCAGCAGGACGAAGGCUUCCACGACUCCAUCGCCACUCAGCUCCAGGGCAAUCACAGGGCCUUUUGUGGGGCAGCGCAGUCUCGGCUUCCUCGUGCUCUCGCAUCGCGCAGUGUGCCUUUAAAAGGUUGAACUCGCCGGUCUACGGACUUUGAGCCCUGGACUGCUUCCCCCUGCUCGCCUCAGCUGUGUGUACCUGCCCGCAGUGACAUGGAAUAGAGGCUGUGAGCAGCAGUAGCAGCAGCAGCAGCAGCAUCCUGCACCAUGGUCGCGCUCCGACAGCCGAGGCGCAGCGUAGCCUGCGCGGCGGUGGACGCGAUGAUGCCCGCCUGGAUCUUACUGAACACGGUGUCCGGACUGAACGCGCAGGGCGACGGAAUGGAAGAACUCACCACCGAGAAGGAGGCUGAGGAAAGUCACCGACAGGACAGCGUUAAUUUGCUGACAUUCAUUCUGCUGCUGACCUUAACCAUCCUCACCAUCUGGCUCUUCAAGCACAGACGGGUCCGAUUCCUCCACGAAACCGGGCUGGCAAUGAUUUACGGUUUGCUGGUAGGUGUUAUUCUGCGAUACGGCAUCCCUGCCACCAGCUACCAUAACAAGACGCCCCCAAGCUGCUCUAUGAAGGAAGGACCUGCUAGCACCCUGCUGCUUAAUGUCAGCGGAAAGUUCUUUGAGUACACUCUCAAAGGGGAGAUCAACUCCCGAGAGAUUCACAACGUGGAGCAGAAUGAUAUGCUGCGCAAGGUGACAUUUGACCCUGAAGUAUUUUUCAACAUUCUGCUGCCCCCUAUCAUUUUCCAUGCUGGCUACAGUCUAAAGAAGAGACACUUCUUCAGGAAUCUGGGCUCCAUCAUAACAUAUGCGUUUCUUGGCACUGCCAUCUCCUGUUUUGUUAUUGGCAAUCUGAUGUACGGUGUGGUCAAACUGAUGCAAGUGGUCGGACAGCUGACUGACAAGUUCUACUACACUGACUGCCUUUUCUUUGGUGCUAUCAUCUCUGCCACAGACCCAGUGACGGUGUUAGCCAUUUUCAACGAGCUCCACGCAGACGGUGAUCUCUACGCUCUGCUGUUUGGAGAAAGCGUCAUGAAUGAUGCAGUUGCCAUCGUGCUUUCCUCGUCUAUUGUGGCUUACCAGCCCAGCGGAGCAAACACACACAUGUUUGAUGCCGCAGCUUUUUUCAAAUCAGUGGGGGUUUUCUUGGGUAUAUUCAGUGGCUCCUUUAUAAUGGGUGCAGCUACUGGAGUUGUCACUGCUCUCGUCACCAAGUUCACCAAGCUGCACUGCUUUCCACUGUUGGAGACGGCCCUCUUCUUCCUCAUGUCCUGGAGUACCUUCCUGCUAGCUGAGGCCUGCGGGUUCACAGGCGUCGUGGCCGUGCUCUUCUGUGGCAUCACACAGGCUCACUACACGUACAAUAACCUCUCUGAAGAGUCUACAAAGAGAACCAAGCAGCUCUUUGAGGUCCUUCACUUCCUCGCUGAGAAUUUCAUAUUCUCCUACAUGGGCUUGGCUCUGUUCACCUUCCAGAACCACAUCUUCAGCCCCAUUUUCAUUAUCGGGGCGUUUAUUGCCAUAUUCAUUGGAAGAGCCUUCAACAUUUACCCACUCUCCUUCCUCCUCAACCUCGGUCGAAGGCACAAGAUCAAGGGAAACUUCCAGCACAUGAUGAUGUUUGCAGGCCUGCGAGGUGCAAUGGCAUUUGCCUUGGCUAUCCGGGAUACUGCCACCUACGCCCGGCAGAUGAUGUUCACCACCACCUUGCUCAUUGUCUUCUUCACUGUGUGGGUGUUUGGUGGUGGAACCACACCCAUGUUGUCCUGGCUGCAUAUCAGAGUUGGAGACAGCGGAGUGUUGCAGCAGCAGGGACGUCAGUACGGGAAGUGGAAGUACUUCAGAGUCGGUAUGGACCCAGAUCAAGACUUGCAGCCCUGUGGAGACAGCUUCCAGGUCCUGCAGGGGGAGGGCCCUCAGGGUGAAGGACAGAGUAAAACCAAACAGGAGAGUGCGUGGCUCUUCCGACUGUGGUACUCCUUCGACCACAAUUACCUGAAGCCCAUCCUGACACAUAGCGGCCCACCUCUCACCUCCACCCUGCCCAGCUACUGUGGGCCGCUGGCCAGCUGUCUCACCAGCCCACAGGCAUACGAGAACCAUGAGCAGCUGAGGGACCACGACUCUGACCUCAUUCGUAGCGAUGGCGACCUGACCUACACAUUUGGUGACACUGCGAUCACAGCCAAUGGUGCGUCUGGCGGUGGGGGGGAGGGCGCUGCAGGGUCAGGCUGGAGUGUGAAUGGAAAACGGAGCGGCAGCACCUCAGAGGAGGCACUGGAGCGUGAGCUGGACUCCCGCGAGCAGGAGCUGCUGAGCCGCGGCACACGCCUGGUUUUCCCGAUCGAGGAUCAUGUCUGACUCUCCCUUCCUCCCUGCCUGCGCUGUCGACUUCCCUGACCUGACCCCCAGACCGCCUUGCCCUCCUCUCUCUCCAUAUCCUGCGGGCAGAGCAUCCAGUCCUUCAGAGACAAUAGAAAGAGAUACGGGAGCAGACAAGAGGGGAGGUUUCAGAGCGACUGAGUUCCCUCCAGGCCUGGAAGUAGAGUUCAAGGAUCAUUUCAUCCUCAUUACAGAAAUCGAGUUUAUUCUCCAGGAGACAUGUGUCCUCAAGAUCCUCCUCAUGUGUCAGAGGAGUUACUGUGAUUCACUUUUACUGAUAUUUUCCUCUGCAUAACCAGGAGAGAAUCCCUAAUGCAGGAGGUGGGGAUGAAAUAACCCCAUGCAAGAUUGAAUCUGCACUUUGGAACAUUUUGUGUUUUUCGGCAGGAACAGAAAAGAGGUAGUAAAAUGAAUUAUGGCCUGACAGCACUCUGUUGUCAUAUGAUCCAGCAAGUUUCAUUUCACAGUACAUCAGUCUGUGACUGCAAAAAUGCAAAGUGACACAUUUUUAGCUACACACUGAGGUGUAUACAGACGAUGCUGCACACAAACCAACGGUGAACAGUUCAUAGACCAAACAGGAUCUCUGUGGUAGAUGCAAUUUAUUAAUAUUGAUCCCAUGCUGCUAACAGACCAUGUGUUUGUUAUGUUCGUCCAGAUUUCCUUUGUGUCACACAAAAGCAUCUGUGUGGAGGCGAGUGUGGCAUGUGAGGAGGAGCACAGAAAGGGGCAGUUGUGUUGUGCCCUGGUUGUGUUGUCCUCUCAGCCACCGCAGCCCUGUCUUGGGUGAAGUAAGAGGGGCGAAGAAUGUGUGCAUGUAAAUAGCUACAAUGCUGAGCUUUGUUCCUUUUUAAUUGGGACUGCUCCUUUCAGUGCAUUACAUCACAUGACUGUUACCAAUAGCUCUAUGUAUUUUGUCUUUGAGUUGACUUGGAUCUUUAUUUUUUGUGAAGAAGGAAUGCUGAUUUCCCCCAACUGUAAAAACUGAUCAAAUAUAUUAAUACAGUUAAAGAGCAUUUUCAACACAAAAAAUAAACCAGGCAUUCAUAAAAACUAAUUUUGCAAAAAUGAUAUAUGUCUCUAUUGACUUUUAAAAGGUAUAUCCAGUAAAAUAGGACUGCAAAUUAUUUUCAUUGACAAUUCAUUUGCUGAUUAUUUUUGCAAUUAACUGAUGAGACAUGUAGUCAAUAAUGGAAAGUAACCAAGUAAAUGUACUCAAGCACUGUACUUCUGUCCAGUGUUGAGGUACUGUGGUAGGCAAUUAUUUCUAUUUCAUGCUACUUCCACUCCUCUACUUUUCAGAGGAAUAUAUUGUUCUUUUUUCUCCACUUUUAAUAUGGACAUUUUAAAGAACAGAUAAUAUAGCAAGCUUUUAAAAUAGAACACCUUGUCAAUGAUCAAACUAGUGGUUCCUCUUUGGUUUCUGAGGUCUUGCGCAUCUGUUCACUGCGGCACCAAAUGAUUUUUCCCUCUAAACUUCUCACGUGGUUUCAUUUCAAUGGUUGAUUGAACUAUCCCAAUGAAUAAUUUCAUCAAAAAUCAAAGAAUAGAGAAAUAGUCUAAAAAGGUUUGUGUAUCAGAACUUUCACUGAGAAUCUUGUGACCUGCUGACCCUGUUUAUACAGCUGCAGUUCAAACAUGCAGCAGUAACAGGCUGCUUACUCACUGAUGCUCCAGUAGUAAUCAUCUACUGAUGUCAUAUGUAAUAUUAUAUCAGCUAAAAGGACCAAAUCAGUCAUUUUAUUUCAAUAAAAUAUGAUUUCUUCCAUCACUGUUUAAUCAAAUUAUAAAAAGUAUAAAAACUGUGAAAAGUAUAUCAGAGCCAAAGGUGAUGUUAUUAAAUUGCUUGUUAUUGACAAAUGGUCCAAACGGUCAUAUAACGAUAAACAGCAGUGAAGUCUCACACUGGAGAAGCUGGAACCAGUCAAUGUUUGGCAUUUUUGCUUGAAAAAUAACUCACAUUAUUUACUUUAACCAACUGACUAAUCAAUUGUUUUUUUUAAAUAACUGCACUUAAGCUGAAUGUGAAUGUGUAUAAUGUGGUAUGAUGAUGAUGAUGAUGAUGUGCUUGCACAGGUCACAUGCAGUAGAAGAGCAUUUUUAAUGUAGGAAAGUAGUUCUUCAAACACUUUUGCCUGUGAACAAGCUUUUACCUGUCAACUUUAUACUCAACGUGUUUUAAAAUGUAUUGACAAGAUCGAUUAUUUUCAGACAACUUUAAAAUCACUGAUGCCAAACUCUGACAAGCAGAGAUUAGCAGAGGAAGUGCAUGCACAUGAUUUCACCCAGCAGAAGUGCACCCUCCGCCUUCAUCAGCCUUUUUGUUGACUUGUAAACAGAAGUGUAUGUGGGCCGUUGCCCUUAUAAAGUAUUGGAUAAUUAACCUGAAAUGCUGUUGUUUCAAAAAAGUCUGUCUCACCUUUUGUUUCUAAACCUCAGUUCCCAGGAGUGUGAUUAUAUAUAUAAACAGACAGAUUCAAUUUCAGUUGACCUUAUUUUGUUUUAAAUCUCAAAUUCCUCUUUGCCAACAUCCUUAUUUAAUGAAAAGAUGAUAUCAUCUGAACCUAUUUUGGAUCUGAUCUUGUAAGGGCAACAUGUAAAGUUUGACAUUUGAGGUCAAAUAUGCUUUAAUGCCCUUUGAGAAAUGUGUUUUUUAAAGUAAAAUUAAAUAUGAAGAUACAACUAGUAGCUGCUCUUUGUUACCCUAGCACAAAGGCUAAUUAUUCCCCUCUUGUUUGCUUUUUGCUAAGCUAGGCUAACCAACUGCUGGUUGUAGCUUCAUGUUUAAUAUACUUCCCUAUAGGCUCUGAUGACCGGUAACCUUCACACCCAUGAACGUAGAUUUGUUCUUGUCAUGGGUAAAAUCACAUGAGCCUCCUGGUGUUUUUGAUUUCAUACAUGAUGAACACAUGAUGUCUCAACUCAAACAUGACUUAGAUUCACUGCAGGUGUGUUACAUGUUGCACAUUUAGUGUGACAUCAAUCUACCUGUGGCCUAGUUCCUUCCAGCUUCACACAGCAGUUUUAAAUUAGAUAACUCCGUCACGCAAAUCCUCGAUUAGAGACGCUGGGCAAUUCCUCAGCAGACCAUUGACCCUUAUUUUUUUCCUGCAGCUUGAUUUACGUAACUCCACAUAAACUAUGAAUAACUGUGUUGCCUUCCCCAUUUCAAGACAUUCCAUCGGUUCCCCUUUUUUUAAAUACACAGCACACAUCCAUUUUUUUUGUUUUCUCCUUUGCCUGCACACAGUGGCUGCUGCAUUUAUGCAUGAGUGCAGGAGGGCAGGUGUGAAAGGAGUGAUUGUGUGAGGUGAGGCUGAGGCUUUCACGGAGGGGGGAGAGGCCCCACACAAGUUUUAAUGGCUGACUGGGUGGGGGCUUCCAUGAGGAGAUGGAUCUACUUAUGUAAGCUGCUGCCAGUAUGCACAGUGGGUCAUUUCAACUCUGGCUGGAGUGAGAGGCAAUGUGAAGCUCUGUCUAACAUCCCCUCACUGUCUGAUGAUUGGGAAACUUGUUUUGUAUUAAGGCCACUAAAAGACUCACUUGUUGACCAUUUUGUCAUUAUUUAAUCUUUGGUGUUAGACUUGGAUUUACGCUCUCCCAACCUCUGGGACAUGGAUGUGUGACACAGCCUCUUCUAAUAUAACCUACAGCAGAUAUAACAUAUAUAAUAGAAGUUUAAGAUGUAAUUUUUGAUGCUAUCUGAUGGGGGUUUUACACAUUUCCUACUGUAUUGACUAACACAAGUGCAUAAAAAUACAGAAGAGGAACUCAAAUUUGUCCACAUGUGCAGGACAAACUGAGAACAGAGAAGUUUGCUUUGAGACUCGGGGGCACGACGACUUGAAUGACGGCCACAGGCAAAUGAUGAGCAGAGUUUGACACUUCACCUCAAGCAGAGGACACUCGCGGCACUCUUAUAUAAUCAUCAUGUGCACUCUUUCUCUCUCUGUCUGUCUGUACCUCUCUCUCUUUGACUGUUGUGCUGUCAGUUGUCUUGCAGGCUAUAUUUACAUGCUCUCUAUACCUGAGAAAUAUGAGAUGUAGCUCAAUCGUCAAUACGUGGACCUGUUGUUUCUUGUAGCAGCUGGCUGCCAGGAUCCACCCGCAGUGGUUUGCAUGUCAACAUGUUAAUAAAAAUUAUCAAA